AUGGCUUGCACCUGCGGCAAAACAAAUACGGCCACCACAAUCUCCACCGUCAAAACCAAUUCGAUCACCACCAUCUCCGCCGUUCAUCCAGACAUUAUACAAACCCACAUCCUCACGUGCCUGGACGGCCCCUCACUCGCCUCCGCCGCCAGCACGUGCUCCCAACUCCACGCCCUCUCAGGGAAAGACCAUCUCUGGGCCAACAUUUGCCACUCCACGUGGCCCUCCACUAUCACCCCACGAGUCCGCCACGUCAUCUCCACCUUCCCUUGCGCCUCUCGUUCUUUCUUCGCCGACUCUUUCCCCGCCGCCACCGCCACCGCUCAGAAUUCUCAUCACGCAAAUCCAGACCGCACGCCGGAACUGAUAUUUUCCGUCGACCUCUUCCACCGCCGGAAGCUCAUCCUCUCCAGAGUGCUGGAGACGGAGACAGAGUCCGGGUGGUUCCGGUGCUCGCCGUUCCGGGUCGACCUUCUCGACCCGAAAGACACGGUGAAAACGGGCAUGGAGUACCCGAGGGACGAGGAUGUUUGCCGGAAUGUCUUUGAGGAUCUGACGCUGAGCUGGAUAGUGAUAGACCCGAGAGGGAGGCGCGCCGUGAACUUGUCGAGCCGGAAGCCGGUGUCGGUGCAGCGGCACUGGCUGAGCGGGGAGGUGCAGGUGCGGUUCGCGACAGUGAUGGGUGGCGGAGAGAGGGGGUCGGCGUCAGAGAUGGCUCUGUGCAACUUGAUGGUGACAUGCGGUGGUGAAAUGCAGGUGAGGGAAGUGAGUUUGCAGAUGGAGGACAUGGAUGGGAUGCACCUGAACGGGAGGGACAGUUUGGGAAUUUUGCAGAGGGCGUUGGAGGGUAAAAGGGGAAGAUUGAAGAGGGAAGAAAAGAAUGGAUACGUAGAGUUCUUGAAUAUGAAGAAGGAGAGGAAAGAGAGGAAGUUGAGGGAUGAAAGAAGGUUGGAUAUGCUCUGCAUUGCUCUAGCGGCGUUGUCGUUUCUGGCUCUUUCCCAUUUCUUUCUAUUCUGA